UUGGCUCUUGAGAAGAAGUUUCAAGAUGUAUACACAAAUGCAAAAUUUAAGGAGGUUCAACAAGAGAUAAUGGGAAUGAUAUAUUGUCAUUGUCGUUUCGAGAAAAUGGAUGGAGUAAUCGCAACUUACUCGGUCGAUGAUCAAGUUAAGGCUGAAGAUUUCAUCAAGGAGGUUACGUAUACUCUUUACUUUAAUGAGGCCGAGUGUGAGGCGAAGUGUGUUUGUGGGUUGUUUGAGAUGCGAGGGAUAAUAUGUAGACAUAUUCUUGCCAUCUUUUCAGCUAAGAAAGUCCGUGAGUUGCCAGAAAAGUACAUAAUAGACCGGUGGAGGAAAGACAUAAAACGGGCUUAUACUAUUAUUUCGACCAGUUAUGACGCUGUUGAUCAGAGACCCGAAACUGUUAGGUAUAAACGUAUUUUGAGAACUUUCAAUGAGGUAAUAACAAAUGCAGUUUCGUGCGAUGGACAUACUCAGGAAAUGAUUUCGAACUUGUAUGCGAUGAAUGAGGUAUGGUGCACAUCGAAGCCCUCCAACAUAGAUCUCAAUGUUGGAGGAAGUACCGUGAAUGCAGUCACGGAAGGAAGUUCCAAAAAGGUGCUAAGUCCCCAUGUUGUCAGAGGCAAGGGAAGACCCCCGUGUAAGAGGAGGAUGUCGAGGAUGGAGGAACGAGUGAAGAAAAUUAAAACUAAGGCUGCGAAUAAGAAACAAGAUAAGGGAAAAAGUAGACUGAGGCGUAGAUUGGACACCGAACUAUUGGAAAGCAGUGAAAACCAACUCGGCCUAUCGGGAAUGAGGAUGCAAGAAAAUGUACAAACUCCCAUAAUGGUCAAUGAAGAAAGUGGACAACAUCCAGUGAUGGGGACACAAGAAAGUGGACAACAUCCAGUGAUAGGGACACAAGAAAGUAUGCAACUAGGAAUGGAUGGAACACAACCGAAGAUGGCAGAUGGAACGCAGCCAAGCAUCGUCUUGUAGCAAAAUUUUAGAGAUCCAUUAUGUUUACUUAUGUUGUGUGUUGAAUUUGGGUUGGAUGUAGUUUGUUGGCAUGUGUGUUAGGGGUGAAACGUAGGAAUUUGUGUGUUAGUGUUAGAGUUUUGGAGUAGACUAUGUAUUAGUGGUAAAAGUGUUCGUUUUGUAAAUGCGGCUUGGUAUUUAAGCCCACGUUUUGCACAUUUUGUA